GGAGGAAGAGGAGGACGAGGGGCUGAGGGAGAGAGAGACUCUUCUGUAGGCUCCCUGAGAUCAUGACCUGAGCUGAAAUCAGGAGUCGAAGGCGUCACUGACUAAACCGCCCGGUGCUCCUUGAAUCAGACCUUUCGAUAUCAUCAUUUCUACAUAAUUCAGCCCAGCCUGGUGAAGAGCGGAGCGGUCGCCCCUUCCCUGCCCAGCCCGGACACCCACCGAGGUCACCAGCAUCAGUGGGGACAUGCUGCGCCACAGCUCCCUGCUGCUCACCCUGGAGGGGCUGCUCUUCCUCUGGGCCGCGUUCUGCCAGGAGUGCACCAAGUACAAAGUGAGCACGUGCCGGGACUGUGUGGAGUCGGGGCCCGGCUGCGCCUGGUGCCAGAAGCUGAACUUCACUGGGCUAGGGGAGCCCGACUCCAUUCGCUGUGACACCCGAGAGCAGCUGCUGCUGAAAGGAUGUGCGGCUGACGACAUCAUGGACCCUCAGAGCCUGGCCGAGAUCCAGGAGGACAAGAAGGGCGGCCGGCAGCAGCUGUCCCCGCAGAAAGUGACGCUCUACCUGAGACCAGGUCAGGCAGCUGCCUUCAACGUGACCUUCCGGCGGGCCAAGGGCUACCCCAUCGACCUGUACUACCUGAUGGAUCUGUCCUACUCCAUGCUGGACGACCUCAUCAACGUCAAGAAGCUGGGGGGCGACCUGCUGCGGGCGCUCAACGAAAUCACCGAGUCCGGCCGCAUUGGCUUCGGGUCUUUUGUGGACAAGACGGUGCUCCCCUUCGUCAACACGCACCCCGAGAAGCUGAAGAACCCGUGCCCCAACAAGGAGAAGGAGUGCCAGGCGCCGUUCGCCUUCAGACACGUGCUGAAGCUCACGAACAACUCCAACCAGUUCCAGAGGGAGGUCGGGAAGCAGCUGAUCUCGGGGAACCUGGACGCGCCCGAGGGCGGGCUGGAUGCCAUGAUGCAGGUCGCCGCGUGCCCGGAGCAAAUCGGCUGGCGCAACGUCACUCGGCUGCUGGUGUUCGCCACGGACGACGGCUUCCACUUUGCAGGCGACGGGAAGCUGGGUGCCAUCCUGACCCCCAAUGACGGCCGCUGCCACCUGGAGGACAACAUGUACAAGAGGAGCAAUGAAUUUGACUACCCGUCGGUGGGCCAGCUGGCACACAAACUGGCCGAAAGCAACAUCCAGCCCAUCUUCGCGGUGACCAAGAGAAUGGUGACGACCUAUGAGAAGCUCACCGAGGUCAUCCCCAAGUCAGCGGUCGGGGAGCUGUCGGACGAUUCCAGCAACGUGGUCCAGCUCAUCAAGAACGCCUACAACAAACUGUCCUCCAGGGUCUUCCUGGACCACAGCCUGGCCCCCAGCACCAUCAAGGUCACCUAUGACUCCUUCUGCAGUAACGGGGUGUCGCAGGUGGACCAGCCCAGAGGGGACUGCGACGGUGUCCAGAUCAACGUCCCGAUCACCUUCCAGGUGAAGGUCACAGCCACGGAGUGCAUCCAGGAGCAGUCGUUUAUCAUCCGGGCACUGGGCUUCACGGACACGGUGACCGUGCACGUCAUCCCCCAGUGUGAGUGCCGGUGCCGGGACAUGGGCCAGGACCACGGCCUCUGCAGCGGCAAGGGCUCCCUGGAGUGUGGCAUCUGCAGGUGUGAGGCUGGCUACAUCGGGAAGAACUGCGAGUGCCUGACGCACGGCCGCAGCAGCCAGGAGCUGGAGGGCAGCUGUCGGAGGGACAACAGCUCUCUCAUCUGCUCGGGGCUGGGGGACUGCCUCUGCGGGCAGUGCGUGUGCCACAGGAGCGACGUUCCCAACAAGAAGAUCUUCGGGCGCUACUGCGAGUGUGACAAUGUCAACUGCGAGCGCUAUGACGGGCAGGUGUGCGGGGGUAAAGUUCGGGGCUCCUGCAACUGCGGCAAGUGCAAGUGCGAGUCGGACUACGAGGGCUCGGCGUGCCAGUGCGUGAAGUCCACCCAGGGCUGCCUGAGCACGGAGGGCAUCGAGUGCAACGGGCGCGGCCGCUGUCGCUGUAACGUGUGCGAGUGUGACGGGGGCUACCAGCCGCCGCUGUGCGGGGACUGCCUGGGCUGCCCGUCGCCCUGUGGCCGGUACAUCACCUGCGCCCAGUGCCUGAAGUUCAAGCAGGGCCCCUCGGGGAGGAACUGCAGCAUGGAGUGUGGGAACGUGGGCUUGCUGAGCAAACCCCCGGAGAAGGGGCGCAGGUGCAAGGAGCGGGAUCUGGAGGGCUGCUGGAUCACCUACACGCUGCGGCAGCGGGCCGGCUGGGACAGCUAUGAAAUCCACGUGGACGACAGCCGGGAGUGUGUGGGGGGCCCCCAAAUCGCCCCCAUCGUGGGCGGCACCGUGACGGGAGUUGUGCUCAUCGGCAUCCUCCUGCUGGCCAUCUGGAAGGCUCUGACCCACCUGAGUGACCUCCGCGAGUUCAAGCGAUUCGAGAAGGAGAAGCUCAGGUCCCAGUGGAACAACGACAACCCCCUUUUCAAGAGCGCCACCACCACAGUCAUGAACCCCAAGUUUGCUGAGAGUUAGGGCGCUCGGCGGAGACGGCGCUGGCUGAGCGUCGGGUGGAAGCCCCCGAACCACGUCUCCCCGUCAGGCUCCUCCAGGGACGGGGCUUACCGCGCUCCUCGAUGUCACCCACCAACGGAUUAAUACAUGUGCUCAAGUAAUAGAUACGGUCAGGUGGCGACACGGCCCGUCAGAGGGACAGCCUCCCGCUGCGGGCGUGUCCCACCUCGUGGGCGAGACCUGGAGGGGCUGCUUGGGUCUUACGAGGGUAGGCGCGUUUUUCUAUAAAACUUAGAGUGGCAAUCUCAUUGAAGUGGCACAAAUUUAUUUAUAUUUGAACUUUUCGGGGUACUAAAUCACAUCCCAUUGGUUAUAUUGUUUCCCCCAUGACGUGUAUCAAAUAAAUUAAUAAAAUUUCA